UCUAAGUAACAGACAACACGCAGUUUCUGUUUCUCUAUCAGAUUUCUGUUUCUUCUGUUCUUCAUUCAUUUCAUGUUUUGGUUUUCGUAUCUCAAGUGAGAGAGAGAUGGGUUUCAUAAUGGAAUUUGCGGAGAAUUUGGUGCUAAGGUUAAUGGAGAAUCCAGAGAAUAGAGACAGGAAAGCAAGGGAACACAUAUAUGAGAUGCAUGAGAGGUGCAAGAAGAUUAAGGAGAUGUGGGCGUUACCUAUUCGUCCUUAUGGAUUCUGGACGUUUGAGCGUCACAAUGCUCAGCUUCGUUGGGAUCCUCAGAUCAGUCAGGUUGCUGGUCGAAGGGAUCCUUAUGAUGAUCUCCUUCAGGACAACUACACUCCUCCUUCUUCGUCGUCUUCAGACUAAUCAAACAAUGGGAGCUUGGUACAAACUCAAAUAAUAGCUCAAAGACUCGUUUACGAAUGAGAGAGGAAUACUUGUUGGCGUUUUUAGUAAAGUUGUUUUGAUUGUCCAUCUUUGAUAUGAAAUAAUAAUUUCUGAAAUAUGAUCAAUAUGAAGUUUUGUUGCUGAAAAUC